AUGGCUUCCUACACUCGAAACAGUGGGCUUUCUUAUGCAUAUCUCUCCCGCCCGGUCGAUCGCCUCCCCGUCGAGUCCACCCACCAACUGGUCAACCGCAGCCUGUCAACUGGCGAGCCCCGCCCACCAACUGGUCAACCGCAGCCUACCAACUGGUCAAUUUCAGCCCACCAACUGGUCAGUUGGUCUCUAUGCGUUUUGUCGUCCGCGCCUUGUCCACGCCUGUCCGGUCAAUGUCCCGUCCUCCCGCUCCUUUUCACCAAGUCAGUCCAGCCAACUGGCUAG